GACCUUUUGCUACUCACCGGAAGAAGCAAAAGUUGCUGUCCGCAAAGGCCGUGCUUGCUCCGCCAGGACAGGAAACAGGAAACAGGAAUUAACAGGGUAGGACAUGAAACCAUCGUUGCUCUCCACAGCUAGUCAGGACAAGGUUGGCGGAGCACUUCCCAGGCGAGCGAGUGAUGGCAGUGCGAAUGCACCUGUAUUGUACAUCCUAGCGAGCUGGGUACAUACCAACCUCCAUGGAUGCAUGCAUACACAUAUCGCCAUUCCCUGCUCGCACACGACGAACUUCGCCCGAUCUCCCAUCGAAAUCGUCUCGAAUGACCCAGGCAGCCGGGACCGUUCAGAUACAGGAACCAGAAAAGAAGCCGCCAAAAGGAAAAAGGGAAAAACGGGCGGAGCGAACGUCCCGUCGUCAGGGCCUCGGGUGUAUGUGUGUGUGCACUGUGCGGUAGAUGACGAUACUGUAAAUCAUCAUAGUAAUAAAAUAAACAACGACGACGACCGUCCAUCGGGUGGGUUCUAUCGUCAGUCGGUUCAGCGGUCCAUCCGGGAUUUUGUUUUCUCUCUCUACGCGCGAGGAUGAUGUAUUCCAAGGUUCCCUGUUGGUAUCAUUACUGUUAAGCAGGUAUUUAAAUAAAAUAAAAACAAUCCUCGUGACCUCGUGAAUGAUAAUAAUAAUAAUAACAAUAAUAAUAAACAGUUCAGAUCUGUACCCCGACCUAAGAUUUCAGUACCAGUC